AAAGACAUGAAACGCCUGAACGUGGCCGCACUCUUAGCAAUUUGGAUUCUUUCGUUUAAUCGACGAAAUUCCGUGGUGUUCUGUAACCUUCAGUCAUUAAGAUCCAUCAAAAUGUCUUUUACAAAAUAGUACAAAUUAAGGAAAAAGAAAAACAGGAAAACAUGACGUAGUUCACCAAUUUACUCUUCGAUAUUCUGAUUUUUCCGAGAUAAAUCUUACAAUUAGCACAGAAGACUAAAAAUGGAUUGUACACAGCAAUGCAAGUGCAGAAACUUGAAUAAAUUCCAGAUCAAUGAAAUAAAAAUUACCGGUGUAAAAAUUCUGUAACUGCAAAACCACGUUUCAUGCAGUUAAAAAUAAAAGGCACCAGGAUGGACCAAUAUCUUUCAACGUAUAAAAAAGAUUACGUCUGGCCUUCCACCAGAUUGAGGCACGCCCCAUCUUCGCUUCGCGAAGCCGACUCCUCUUGUCUCUGUAAAUCGAGUUCCCGUGAAUUAAAAGUGAUUAAUCUUUGCGGAGAUGCUCAAGAUUGGAGUAGAAUCGGUCCCAUGGGACGUCUUUUGGAUGCGAAAUUGUAUCCUGCGAAAACUGGGCCGUCUGCGGAAUCCGAGGCGACGAAAUUUGACCAACCGAGCGCCUAUAUGAAGAAGUUGGAAGAGAAAUAUCCUAAUCUAUAUGGAAUUCUACAGAAAGCCCCCGUGGAGGAGAUAAUUAAACGCGUGGAUGAGGAUCGACUGAAGACGACCUAUCAGGUGGAUUAUUCGGAGUCAGGAGCUAAAAGUAUGACUGAUACACCCACCGGACAUUGUGCUGCUAUCGAACGACCUGACAAACAAGAUCUUCAGCGAUCUGCUGAUCAACGUAAGCAUGAUAUAGAUAAAGGUCAGAAAGCUGCGAAGAAAAAAACAGUAAAGAAAGAGGAAGAAGAUUCUCAAGAAACGCGAUUACCACCUUGGCGAUCAGAGUAUCAAGAUAAUAUCGGUAGGCUAGGUGAAGCAAUUCUGAAAGCGAGAAUUCAUCAGAAAAAGAAACAAGGACCAGCCUGGGAAACGGCUGUCUUAUGAAAAAUUAUUUAUUUUAUAAACUUACAAAUCGUGAAAGUCAUACUUAAAUUAAAACACAGUAAUUAUUUCUCAGUAUCGUACAAAGGAUAAUUAAUUAAUACAAAUUUGCAGGGUAUUUACGCAUAAAAGUUCUAAAAUAAUGAAGUUUAAUAGAUGUCCCAAUAAAUUAUUGUAAUUUAAAAAGUGCAAUUAAAUAAUUAAACAAAA